AUGCCGAAUUUGUUUCUUAUUAUGCAAUGCAACAUCGAUUAAAAUAGACUUCAAACCUACACUAUGUAUGGCGUUCCUACUUAAAAAAAAAAUAAGAUACUUUUUCGCAUUUUAAUAUAAAGCUUUGAGUAAAGUAAUAGAAAUUCAAAAAUAAAAAAAUAAAAAAUGAAUUGCACCUUUAAACAGAAGGAAAAUCUGUCUGAAAUUUUUGCUUUAGUUGAAGAUAAAGAUGAACAUAUAUUUAGAUUUAUAAUAUAAAUUUUUCGGAAGGAAGAUGUUUAAGACUGUAUAGAUUAUCUUUCAGAUAAUGGAAAUCAAAGAAAAUUUGAAUCAUAUAUUAAACAAGGAAUGGAUUUAAUAAACGUUGAUAAGGAAUACAAGUUUUAUGAUGUUAAUAAUAACAUUAAACAACUUAUUUAUGUCUUAAAGAAAAUAAAAGAUCAUGAAUUUAAUAAGAUAGACUUUUCCAACUAUAAAAAUUAAAAAAAUAAGCAAGAUUUAAUUAUAUAUAUAAAUUAUCAAAGGUAGAUCAUUGAGUUUUUGAAAUUUUUAGUUCACCUCACGUCUAUUGAUAAUACUUUUAUAUAAUGUGGGUCAAAUUCAUUAAAUUUAUUAGUAGACAUGAAGGUUGACCUGACGAACAACAGUUUUGAAAAUAUAAAAAUUUAGAAUAUUUCUUUAGUAGGAGCUAAUUUUGUGAGAUGUAAUUUAAGUGGAUCAUAAUUUUUUAAUGUAGAUAUUAAUGGAAUAAAUUUAAAUGGAGCUUAACUUAUAAAUUGUAAAUGGAAUAAUAUUAAAACAGGAAAUUUAUCUAAUAAAUUAGAUGGUCAUACUCGUAGUGUCCAAUCAGUAUGUUUCUCUCCAGAUGGUAGAACGUUAGGAUCUGGUAGUUGGGAUAGGUCUAUCAUUUUAUGGGAUGUUUAGACAGGAUAAUUAAAAGCCAAAUUCGAUAGAAAUAUUGGGGCUGUCUGGUCAGUCUGUAUAUCUCCUGAUGGUACUACAUUAGCAUCUGGUACUGAAGAUAAGUCUAUCAUUUUAUGGGAUGUAAAAACAGGAUAAUAAAAAGCAAAAUUAGAUGGUCACACAAAGGCUGUCUAAUCAGUAUGUUUCUCAUCUGAUGGUUCAAUAUUGGCAUCUGGUAGUGCUGAUUGUUCUAUUCGUUUAUGGUAUGUUAAAACUAGGAAAAAAAAAUAAAAAUUAAAUGGACAUUCUAAGAGGGUUGACACAAUAUGCAUCUCUCCUGAUUGUACUUUAUUAGCAUCUGGUGGUAAAGAAGGUUUAAUCCUAUUAUGGAAUGUUAAGACAGGAUAUAAAAAAAAUAUUUUAUAAGGGCAUAGAUCGAAUGUCAAUACUAUUUGCUUCUCUCCUGAUGGUACUAUAUUAGCGUCAGGUAGUGCAGAUAAAUCUAUCCUCCUAUGGGAUGUUAAAACAGGAUAGUAAUAAAUCAAAUUAGAUUGUCAUACUAGUUUUGUCUUAUCAGUCUGUUUUUCUCUUGAUGGCAAUUUAGCAUCUGGGAGUAGUGAUAAAUCUGUCCGAUUCUGGGAUACUAAAAAGCAAUCAUUUAAGGGUUUAAAAGUGAUGUCAAUGCAGUAUGCUUCUCUCCUGAUUCCACAAAAUUAGCAACUGGUUGUGGUUAUAGUAAUUGCGAACUAGUUGAUAUUUUUGGAUAAUACAAUAUCUUCUACAAUAAAUAUGGAUGUGGUGAUUGUUCUAUAAAUUUAUGGGAUGUUGAUACAGAGUAAUAAUUAAGCAAAUUAGAUGGUCAUAAUCAUUUGGUCAAAUCAAUAUGUUAUUCACCUGAUGGUUCUACAAUAGCAUCUGGAAGUUACGAUAAAUCUAUUCGUUUGUGGGAUGUAAAAACUGGAUAAUAAAAAAUGAAAUUGGAUGGUCAUGAAUGUAUAGUAAACUCAAUAUGCUACUCUCCUGAUGGUUCUACAUUAGCAUCUGGAAGUAGUGAUUAAUCGAUAGGUUUAUGGGAUGUUAAAAUAGGAUAGUAAAAAAGAAAAUUUUAUGGUCACAGAGGAACAGUUUUAUGUGUAUGUUUUUCUUUUGAUGGUGCUACUUUAGCUUCUGGUGGUUAUGAUCAGUCGAUAAUUAUAUGGAAAGUUAAAGCAGGAUAGUAAGAAAAGAAAUUUUAUGGCCAUGGCGAUGCUGUUUUAUCCUUAUCUUUCUCCCCUGAUGAUGCUCUUUUAGCUUCUGGUAGUUAUGAUUAGUCGAUUAUUAUAUGGAACGUUAAAGCAGGAUACUAAGAAAAAAAAUUUUAUGGCCAUGGCGGAGCUAUUUUAUCCGUAUCUUUCUCCCCUGAUUUAUCUAUAUUAGCAUCUAGUAGUAAUGAUACUUCAAUACGUUUAUGGGAUGUUAAAACAAGCUAAUAGAAAGCUAAAUUGGAUGGUCAUACUAAUGCUGUUCAAUCAGUAUGCUUCUCUCCUGAUGGUUCUACAAUAGUCUCUGGUAGUAGGGAUAAAUCUAUACGUUUAUGGGAUGUUCAAACAAGAUAAUAGAGAGCUAAAUUGGAUGGUCAUACUCAUGCUGUUCAAUCAGUAUGCUUCUCUCCUGAUGGUACUAAAAUAGCAUCUGGCAGUGGUGAUAAAUCUAUACGUUUAUGGAAUGUUAAAAAAGUUUAAUAAAGAGCAAAAUUAGAUGGCCAUAAUCAUUUUAUUAAUUCAGUAUGUUUCUCCCCUGAUGCUUCUAUAUUAGCAUCUGCUAGUAGUGAUACUUCAAUACGUUUAUGGGAUGUUAAAACAAGAAAAUAGAGAGCCAAAUUGGAUGGUCAUACUAGUGCUGUAUAUUCAGUAUGCUUCUCUCCUGAUGGUUCUAUAAUAGCUUCUGGUAGUUAUGAUAAAUCUAUCCGUUUGUGGGAUGUGAAAACUGGAUAAUAAAUUGUCUUAUUGAACGGUCAUACUAGUGCUGUAUAUACAGUGUGCUUCUCUCCUGAUGGUUCUACAUUAGCAUCUGGAAGCUGUGAUUAAUCUAUCCGUUUAUGGGAUAUUAAGACAAGAUAAUAAAAAGCCAAAUUUGAAGGUCAUACUCAUUAUGUCAACUCAAUAUGUUUCUCUCCUGAUGGUACUACAUUAGCAUCUGGAUGUUGUGAUUAGUCUAUCCGUUUAUGGGAUAUAAAUUCAGGAUAGUAAAUAGUCAAAUAUGAUGGUCAUACUAAUUUUGUCAACUCAGUAUGUUUCUCUUCUGAUGGUUUGAUGUUAGCAUCUGGUAUGAUAAAUCUAUCUUUUUCUGGGAUAUUCAACCAUAUAAAGAACUUGACCCAUAUCAAAUAAGUUACAAUGAUGUUCUAGCAUAAUUUAACCAACCUCUUUAUACCGAAAGUAAUAAUUUUAUUUAUAAUUUGUUAGUAAACACUUAUAUAACAAUUCUAGAAAUAUCCACAUCACCAAAGUUUUAAGCAUAAGGAGCUUUAAUUCUUAAAGGAGAAUUUACAAACGAAUUUGGAAACGACUUAAGAUCAUUUUUCAAAUCUAAAGGAAGUUUCAUUUUGGAAGGCUAAAUAUCGUUUUAGAAAAAAUAGAAUUGAUUAUUAUAGUCUAAUAACAUUUCCUCUAAGUCUUCAUACUUCUUGAUAUUUUUUUUUAUAUUUUAAAUCUAUUUUUAUCUAUAAUCACUCAUUAAUAACGCAAACCAAUAAUCAAAUUUUUAUAAUAAAAAAAAAUAAUUAAAAAAUGAAAGGCUAAUUAUAUUGAGAGUUGACUGGAAAGAUUAGNGGGAUAAAUCUAUACGUUUAUGGGAUGUUCAAACAAGAUAAUAGAGAGCUAAAUUGGAUGGUCAUACUCAUGCUGUUCAAUCAGUAUGCUUCUCUCCUGAUGGUACUAAAAUAGCAUCUGGCAGUGGUGAUAAAUCUAUACGUUUAUGGAAUGUUAAAAAAGUUUAAUAAAGAGCAAAAUUAGAUGGCCAUAAUCAUUUUAUUAAUUCAGUAUGUUUCUCCCCUGAUGCUUCUAUAUUAGCAUCUGCUAGUAGUGAUACUUCAAUACGUUUAUGGGAUGUUAAAACAAGAAAAUAGAGAGCCAAAUUGGAUGGUCAUACUAGUGCUGUAUAUUCAGUAUGCUUCUCUCCUGAUGGUUCUAUAAUAGCUUCUGGUAGUUAUGAUAAAUCUAUCCGUUUGUGGGAUGUGAAAACUGGAUAAUAAAUUGUCUUAUUGAACGGUCAUACUAGUGCUGUAUAUACAGUGUGCUUCUCUCCUGAUGGUUCUACAUUAGCAUCUGGAAGCUGUGAUUAAUCUAUCCGUUUAUGGGAUAUUAAGACAAGAUAAUAAAAAGCCAAAUUUGAAGGUCAUACUCAUUAUGUCAACUCAAUAUGUUUCUCUCCUGAUGGUACUACAUUAGCAUCUGGAUGUUGUGAUUAGUCUAUCCGUUUAUGGGAUAUAAAUUCAGGAUAGUAAAUAGUCAAAUAUGAUGGUCAUACUAAUUUUGUCAACUCAGUAUGUUUCUCUUCUGAUGGUUUGAUGUUAGCAUCUGGUAUGAUAAAUCUAUCUUUUUCUGGGAUAUUCAACCAUAUAAAGAACUUGACCCAUAUCAAAUAAGUUACAAUGAUGUUCUAGCAUAAUUUAACCAACCUCUUUAUACCGAAAGUAAUAAUUUUAUUUAUAAUUUGUUAGUAAACACUUAUAUAACAAUUCUAGAAAUAUCCACAUCACCAAAGUUUUAAGCAUAAGGAGCUUUAAUUCUUAAAGGAGAAUUUACAAACGAAUUUGGAAACGACUUAAGAUCAUUUUUCAAAUCUAAAGGAAGUUUCAUUUUGGAAGGCUAAAUAUCGUUUUAGAAAAAAUAGAAUUGAUUAUUAAUCACUCAUUAAUAACGCAAACCAAUAAUCAAAUUUUUAUAAUAAAAAAAAAUAAUUAAAAAAUGAAAGGCUAAUUAUAUUGAGAGUUGACUGGAAAGAUUAGGGAGCGAGUGAUUUAGAUCCCUUACUGUCCCCAAAUAUCAAACUCUGCUUCGACUAAAAUCUGUUUUAAAGUGUUAAAUUAUUCAAGACUAAUAGUCUGCAGUUGCUACACUGUCAUUAUUCGAAAGGAACUCAUUUAUUUAAUAAACCUGAUAUAAAUUUUAAUUGA